GAGCUACAGAUAGCGACUUGAACGAGAUCCACCAUCGUCGACUCGCCGGUGAGACGACGUUCCUGCUGGCGUGGAAAUUUUACAAAUACUGGCUACAUUCAUAUUGGCCAAGGACCUCGAUCUUUAUACAAGGGGGUGACAAGGAGAGCCUAUCGAUUCGACAGAGACGGACUACUCUGCCUCCUGUCAUUCUUUCCAGUCCCGUCGUCACACGGUCUGACAGCCCCUUGAGUCGAGCGAGGACACUGCUCCACAACCCGCGUUGGACAGGCACGUGUGCUUGCCGCCAGCCAAAAGCCACAUACCGGUACAAGUGAGCCUAUCUCGGAUUUUUGACUUUUUAGCCUCGCCCUUCUAGAAUCGAGAGCAAUCUGGCAAAGAAGAAGAUCAAGGAGGAAGCGGAAUGGCGGCAAACCAGCCAGAUCCAUCGCGGCUCAUCAGCGUCCAGAGCCACGUCGUCACUGGCUAUGUGGGAAAUCGCUCGGCCACCUUUCCACUGCAGCUGCUAGGCUGGGACGUAGACGUGGUCAACACCACGCAGCUAAGCAACCACACAGGCUAUGGUCGCUUUACGGGCAUGCGUCUCGAUGCAGCGCACCUCGAGAAUAUUUUUGCCGGGCUGGAGCAAAAUGGCCUCCUCCGACAUAGUCGCAUGUUGAGCGGUUAUACGCCUUCGCCUGCCGCUUUGACUGCUGUCAAGACUUUUGUGCAAAAGCUGAAGCGCAUCAAUUCGAAGCUUAUCUAUCUCAUGGACCCCGUCAUGGGUGACAUGGGCCGCGGCUUCUACGUGGACCAGGGCUGCCUGCCGAUCUACAGGGAUUUGCUGCCCUAUGCCACGAUCGUGUGCCCCAACCAAUUUGAAGCACAGGCAUUGGCAGACAAGGAGAUUACGGACCUGGAUUCGCUCGCCGGGGUGCUCCAAGCGAUCCACCAGCGUGGGGUGCCGCAUGUCGUCAUCACCUCGGUCGACCUCAAGGAAUCGGAUUUGAAUCUCAUUGGGACCUCGGCCAAGAACGGUGCAAUGGUCUUGGUGGGCAGCAGCAACGAGGGGCAGCAACGACCUUGGUUCAUUCAAUCGCCCGAGGUCGAGGGGUACUUUUCUGGCGUCGGUGACCUCUUUUCGGCCCUGCUCGUGGGCCGUUUCCAGUUGCAAACGUCCAACAGCUCUCAAGAGAAGUACGAGGAGGAGCCCAAGGAGGGAGGCGCACCGGACACGGAUCUCUCGCUGGCCGCGGAGAAAGCCGUAGCAGGUCUUCAGGGCGUCUUGAGCAAGACGUCGGAGGCAAUCGCCGCGAGCGAACCCCUGCCAACGCAAGCUGAGCGAGAGGCGGCCCACAUCGACGACACACAAUUCAGGGUCGAGGUGAUGCGAAGGCGCGAGCUCAAGGUGGUGCAGAGCAGACAGGCUAUUGAAACGCCCGUUGUGCAAUACAAGGCAAGAUGGAUGUCGUAGAUAGACUCAGUUACACAGUAUUUGUAUCAUA